ACAGCAGACGAUGGAUCACGUUACCAGAGUUUACUGUACUAUACUACAGCGCUGGCGUAGAGCGAGUAGUGAGCCGCCGCCAUUAGUCCUGCCACACACACAACAAACAGCGACACCGCAGCCUCAAACCUUUCUUCCUCCAGCCAUGUCUAAGCCAUAUAUUAUUGACAAGUGCCCGGGGAGUGAACUAACUUUCACAAAUUGUGCUAUCUUCAGUGUUGCUGAUGAUUUUAUUACCAAGUCAAUCAAAUAUGUGAUCCUCAAAAAUCCUAGAGGUAUUGACUAUAAAAUCUCAGUCAUUCACAGUGACCAAGUGGGAAAAGGUCGUGUGACAUUCAAUGCGUUACAUAGGAACUGGGCAAGCCUUCCACUUGGCCAAAGGGUGGAAGUGACUCCCAUUCCAGAAAGUUCCUUGGAUUCUAUUGAGUCUAUCGUUGUUGACAUUGAUUUCUUCAGCAAGAAGAAAAUAUCAAAUGAUACCAUGGAUUCUGAAUGUAUUACUAAUGAGUUUAUUCAAAAGUUUACUGGAAUUUUAUUCUCAGUUGGAAUGCCAUUUGCAUUUGAGUUUGAAAUGAAGAAAACAGUCUUUUCAGCUUCUGUAAAAGAGAUUAAAGUGUAUGAUAUUGCAAACCAAGUGGGUGGCACAGCCGGUGUACGAGGGGGUAUUACUGGUAGAUUACUGAGUACAACUAAUAUCAAGUUCCUAGCAUCUGAACAUUCCGCUAUUGUUCUUGUUGGCAAGAACAAAGGGUACACAUCUGUGAUUUCUCCUGACUGGGACUUUACUAAGAUGGGCAUUGGCGGUCUGGACAAUGAAUUCUCCACCAUCUUCCGGAGAGCAUUUGCUUCUCGUGUUUUCCCACCAGAUAUUGUCAAACAGUUAGGUGUGCGUCAUGUGAAAGGAAUUCUGCUAUUUGGUCCUCCCGGUACUGGCAAGACUCUUAUUGCCAGGAAAAUAGGUCAGAUGUUGAAUGCAACAGAACCAAAGAUUGUAAAUGGUCCACAGAUUCUGGACAAGUAUGUCGGAGAGUCUGAAGCAAACAUCAGAAAAUUGUUUGCUGAUGCUGAAGAAGAAGAGAAAGCUCGUGGUAGUAACAGCCGUCUUCAUAUAAUUAUAUUUGAUGAAAUUGAUGCCAUUUGCAAGCAGAGAGGAACAGUGGGUGGAGGUACAGGUGUACAUGACACAGUUGUCAACCAGCUUCUAACAAAGAUUGAUGGUGUCGAACAACUUAACAACAUUCUUGUCAUUGGUAUGACAAACAGAAAAGAUCUGAUUGACGAUGCUCUCACCCGACCUGGACGAAUGGAGGUUCAAAUGGAGAUAGGUUUACCUGAUGAGAAAGGCAGAGUGGACAUUUUGAAAAUCCACACUAAGUCAAUGAGAGAAAGUAAACUGCUUCAUGACAAUGUAGACCUCAAAGAAAUUGCUAAUAAAACAAAGAACUUUAGUGGAGCUGAACUCGAAGGUCUUGUACGCUGUGCAGUUUCCACUGCUAUGAACAGUUUAAUAAAGGGCUCCAAUAAAGCAGAAAUUGAUCCUACAGAGGCAGAAAAUGUCAGAAUCACCCAAGAUGAUUUCCUAAGCUCAUUGGAUGAUAUCAAACCAGCAUUUGGUCGCAGCGAUUUCAACUUCAACUCCUUCUUUCCAAAUGGUAUCAUUGAAUGGGGUGAUUCCGUUCGUGAGGUUCUCCAGUAUGGCAACCUACUAAUUUCUCAGAUCAAAAACAGCACAAAGACACCUCUUCUAACCAUGUUGCUACAUGGCGCCCCUGGUGCUGGAAAGUCAGCAUUUGCAGCCUAUCUGAUGGCCAACUCAGAUCUGCCUUUCGUCAAGAUAUGUUCCCCUGAGCAAAUGAUUGGAUUCAGUGAAAUGGCCAAAGUUCAGUACAUUCGAAAGAUGUUUGAAGAUGCUUACAAGUCUCCUCUCAGCUGCAUUCUUCUUGAUGAUAUUGAACGGAUUAUUGACUAUGUGGCUAUUGGUCCAAGGUUCUCCAACAAUGUACUACAAUGUCUCCUAGUCUUGCUCAAAAGAUGUCCUCCAAUGGGUCGACGUCUUCUCAUAUUUGGAACAACUGGCCUGAAAGAUGUUCUUACUGAGAUGGGAAUGUUAAAUGCUUUCAUGGCAAACCAACAUGUAUCAGUUUUAACAAAACCAGAUCAUGUUAUGGUGGCGUUACAAGAGUUGGAAAUAUUCAACACAAAUGACAUGGAAAAGAUCAGAAGCAAGAUCUACGACAGAAGAUUCCAUUUACCAAUAAAGAAAUUGUUAAUGAUUGCAGAGUUUGCUAGGCAGGUUGAUGAAAAAGAACGAACUCAGCAGCUUCUACAUCGCUUCGAAGAUGAAGGAUGCAUGUUCUUAGACAGUAUGUAAAAAUAAAAGAGGUGCUUUACAUAAUUAUUUUUGUCACUAUUUGUUUUCUUAGCCCCGUUUCUUAAUUUAUGUUUAAUUUUUAAUGUACCGUAUUAUUAUUAGUAAUUUUUUUCGUUUUUUUUUUAAAGAAAAUAUUUUGAGCUCUAUUUUAUUUCAUCUCAGUUUGUCUCAUCGCCAUCCACGUUUGUGAGUACAUUUUGUGCUUGGGCUUACGGAAAGGAGUUAUAAGGGCGAAGUGGUGGAAUCAAUAGAGCUUUUGAACAACAUACCGUCUGGUAUUUUGUUGUGUCACUCUACAUUUUGAGUUCAAAUCCUGCCAGGGCCAACUUUGCCUUUAAUCUUUCUAGAGUAAAUAAAAUAAGUACCUAAGUACUAGAUUUCAUUUAAUCAACUGUUUCUUCUAUCCCAAAAUGUUUGGCCUUAUGCCUAUAUUGAAACUGUUAUCCUUAUUAGUGUAAUUUAUUAUCGGUCGCUGUUAUUAUUGAAGUGGUGUGGUGGUAGUAUUUAGUUAUGUCCUUAUAGAUCUUGAGAUCAAAUCCCAGCUAGGUGAACUUUUCCUUUCAUCCUUCUGGGGUUGAUAAAAUAAAGUACCAGUCAAGAACUGGGGGACAAUAUAACUGACAACUACCCCACCUUCCAGAUCUCUGGCUUAGAGCCUAUUUAUUGUUAUAGAUGUUUUUGCUGUUAUUAUCUGUUACUAUUAUUAAGUUGGGGCAGUGGCAGUAUUUGUUACGUUCCUAUAGAUUCAGAGAUCAAAUCACACCAAGGUCAACUUUGCCUUUCACCCUUCCAGUGGUGGAUUGUCGAUAAAAAUAAGUACCAGUGAGGAACUGGGUUGAUUUAAGCAGCUGUUCCCUUCCUUAUAAUUUAUGACCUUGUGCCUACAUAAUAAAUGAUUUAUUGUUACUGAUUAAUAUCAUUAUUUUUGUUGUGAGUGUUGUGGUGUGUUGGUAAGUUACUCUGUAAAUUAUGUUUCACUUGUGCUGCUAAUGAUGCUGGAUAAAAACAAAAAGUUUUGUACAGCAAAACAAGUCAAACCACUAUGUUAUCGUCAGUUUUUUUUUUGUUCCUUUCUGUUUUAAAAUAAACAGAAAGGAGAUUUAUGACAAAAAGCAACUCCUAAUUUUAACAAAGCUGCUCAAAAUGUAGCACACGUUAUGUAUAUUUACCACGAUAUUUAUUCAAAUUUAAAAAAAAAAAAAAAUCUUGACUCUUCUCAGUAAAGUAAAAAUGAUAAUAAUAAUAAUAAAUAAAACUAAAAAAAAAAUACAUUUAGAAAAUGUUCUAUAUUGUGUGAUUUUCUGUCUAUAAAGCUAUACUUGUCAUGUAUUGUC